AACUUGAAACUUGACUUUUAUGUGACGUUUAUAAAUCAAAUUGAUGAAUGCUUGAUUUCUUUAAAUAUUUAAAAAUCUAGACGAAAUUGAAAUUAUUUUUUAUUAUGGCCCACGAUACACCAGACAUGAGUAGAACAAAAAAACCUUCAGAUAGUGCCUUUAAGCAACAGAGACUACCAGCAUGGCAACCAAUUCUCACUGCAGGAACUGUUCUACCUUCCUUUUUUAUCAUAGGAAUAGCCUUUAUUCCAGUAGGUAUUGGAUUGCUUUAUUUCUCCGAUGAAGUUAAAGAGGUCACAAUUGAUUAUACAAAUUGUAAUAGAACCAUUGAAAAUGGUAACAGUUUUACUUAUACAGAUGAAAUAUGUGCAAAUGUUAUUAAAAAUGAUAGUAAAGCGGAUUGCUUCUGCAGAAUUCGAUUUAAUCUUACAAAGGAUUUUGAGGGCAAAGUGUAUAUGUAUUAUGGUUUAAGCAACUACUACCAAAAUCACAGGAGAUAUGUAAAAUCAAGAGAUGAUAAACAGUUAUUGGGGCACUUGGAUUCUGAUCCAUCAACUGAUUGUUUGCCAUUUGCUUAUGUUAAUCUGUCAAAUAGUUCUAGAAUGCCAAUAGCUCCAUGUGGGGCCAUUGCCAACUCAAUGUUUAAUGACAAGCUAUCUUUAUUAAUGCAGUCUGGUGAUAAAACAACCGAGGUUCCUCUCCUUAAAACUGGGAUUGCAUGGGAAUCCGAUAAAAAAAUUAAAUUCCGGAACCCUGGAGACAAUCUAACAGAAGCCUUUAAGAAUUUUCACAGACCCAAAGCUUGGAAGGUUGACAUUUGGGACCUCGAUAAGGAAGAUCCAAAUAAUAAUGGCUUCGAAAAUGAAGAUUUUAUUGUUUGGAUGCGUACGGCAGCUCUACCAACCUUCAGGAAGCUAUAUCGUAGAAUCGAUCAUAACAAAAUAGGGUUCACCAGUGGUUUAAGAAGUGGAGAGUAUAUACUGGUUGUUCAUUAUAAUUAUGACGUGAGUACUUUUCAUGGUUCCAAAAGAAUGAUUUUAAGCACGACUUCUUUACUUGGUGGAAAAAAUCCGUUCUUAGGAAUUGCUUACAUUGUAGUUGGAUGUAUAUGUCUUCUGUUGGGUAUAGCGUUAUUAUUUAUCCAUAUAAAAUGUGGCAAAAGUACUAGCGAAAUGAUAAAUGUCAACCCAAGGACGCCAUAUCAGUAAGCCAUGAAAAGAAUUAAAAAGACAGUGUUACUUAAGUUGAUGUACUUUAGUUACCUUAUAUUACAAACUAUAAAAUUAUUAAAAAUGGUCUUGUAAAAUUGAAAAUGUUUGACAGC